CGCGGCACAACAUUCAUACCGACUAUGGGUAGAUAAAGCCUCUUUGGCGUGGGUAGAUUUUCUAUCAUGUCUCGUACAUCUCCUCAAUACAAUCAAUCUAUAUCACUACUAUCCAUAAGCCUCACAAUCCUAACCUCAUGUCUAACGAAAAGCCACCAACAGUUCUUAUAACUGGAUGUACUGAUGGCAGCAUAGGGCAUAAUCUCGUCCUUUCGUUCGCUCGUCAAGGCUACCAAAUUUUCGCCACUGCUCGUCGAGUCUCUGCAAUGUCUUCUCUAAUUGCCAUACCCAACAUCACCUUGCUUGAACUGGAUGUCACCUCUCCUGACUCUAUCCGGACCGCUCACGAGACUGUCUCGGAGUUCACGUCUGGCAAACUCGAUAUUCUCUACAACAAUGCUGGAGUGCGCUUCAUGUCCAUGGGCAUUGACACGACUUAUAAAGUUGCUAUGGACACAAUGGCCGUGAACUUCUCUGGCAUCGUCGAAAUGGUCCAUGUUUUCUCAGAUCUCCUCAUAGCGUCCAGGGGAAAGAUUGUCUUCACAUCAUCUGGGGCAGGGAAGCUUCCCGUCCCGACGCAGGCUAUGUAUAAUGCGAGCAAAGCCGCACUAGACUCGUAUGCUAUGACGUUAAGGAUCGAAAUGCAACCGCUAGGAGUCGGUGUGAUAAAUGUUAUCACUGGUCAGAUUUCAACCGGUGCGGAUACGAUGGGUACACAGGCCUUGCCUCCAUUGGAUGCCAAAUCACCAUACAAGCCAAUUGAGAAGGCUCUCAGCAAAUUCUGGACAAGUGAUCGGCCAAUGAUGGAUGUGAAAAAGUAUUCGGAUGCUGUUGUCCAGAGAGUGAUCGGGAAGAGCUCGCCAGAAGUGAUUUGGAUGGGUACUGGGUUCGUAUGGUGGAUGAACUUCCUGAACUUAGCUUGGCUCUUCAAUGUCUUGAUGGCACGAGAGUUUGGCCUUAACAAGCUGAAUAUGGAGAAGGUUUGAGUCAU